UACAUUGUUCUUCUCGUCUUCGUGGUGGCACAAAAGGACUUUCGUUUGAUAAUUUUCUGCAUCGCGGGUCGAAUUCAGCUAGCUACGGUAAACGUUCGGCACACUCACGGUGCAAAAAAGGGUCCCACGCUGCGGACCACUCAUCGUUCACCAGCGGUCGGUAGUAAAUCGCGCGUUUUAGAUAGCGUAUGGUUGAAGCGGAUUUGUGCUAGGAGGAGGGGGAACUGGAAGGUACCGCAUGUAUGUGCAUGCCCUAGAAGUUCCACAUCAACCAUCGCCGUCGUCCUGUGACCGUCAAUGGCAGGGCAGUUGUGCGACCGAGCUGUAUUUUACGCCGGACUGUGUAAUUUAGGUCAUUUCCAGAGCGCCGCUGACUAGAAUACGGACCAAAAAUGUCUAAUAAUACGCGCGACGGUAAUGAAAAUUUCUGGCCACCGAACCAGCAACCGCCGCCGCACCAUUACCCGCACGCACAGCACCAUCCGCAGCAGCAGCAGCAGCAGCUGCAUCAGAAUCACCAGCAACUGCAUCAAACAUUGUUGCAGCAACCAGUGGUGCCGCAGCUACUCCCUCAUCCGCAGCAUCUUUCGUACGCUGUUCCGACCGUGCCGGUCGUUACAUCGCCCGCAGCAUUCUAUCAUAACGCGGCCGGUAUGGUGGAUAACUAUGGUGCAGCCGGAUACUCAAUGCAUCAUGGUUCACACCAACCGAUGGAAGACGAAUACACGGAUACGUACGGCCAAUCGAUUAAGGUGGUAUACCAACCGCAUCAACACCAGGCCGCAGCUGCAGCCGCCGGUAUGAUACCCUGUGCCCAGGAAGAUACGAAUCAAAAUCAUACCGUGCAGGACAAACAAGGUUAUGAGCUAUUUUCGAACAAUAGCAGCUUUGUGCUGGCUGCUCCGGGGUUCGGGUUUACUCUACAUAACCCACAACAACAGCAGCAACAGGAGCAGCAGCAACAACAACAGCAGCAGCAGCAGCAGCAGCAACGAACGCAACAGUUGCCGCAAUUCUCUAUCUCCACUGGGCAAGCGCCAAUGACUACAGCUCCAACACUCAGAAGCCAUCCCGCUUCUGUACCGGCCGCAUCGACGCAUUCGUUAGAAAAUGGAAGCAACAACACAAGCACACUGAUCAGCCAGCUCGUGGGAAACUGGGCUCCUACCAUUUCCGGCACUUACGGUAACGGACCAUCGUCCCAGGCAAACGAUUUACCAACCCAAUCCAUAAUUCCUACACCGCUCGAAGACAGCAGCAAGGGUGUCACUGUGUCACCCGCCAAGACAGGAUUGACGAAACCCGUCAUUAAUCCUGUCCCACCGAACGUGGUUGGGUCGGGAUCGCAAUCACACAGCUCAUCGUCGGGCAGUUCGCCGACCGUUUCAGUGGCCCGCACAAACGCAAAUGUAGCGACAGCCGUAUAUAACCAGCAAAACGACGAUAAUUCGGCCAAGCUUGAUCAGAACGUCAACAAGAAGCAGCGCAUUGUGGCCGAAGUGAAACCGAUGCGUAUGUCGUACUCCGAUGUAUUGAGCAAGAAUGUUACUACGGGAGGUAAUGCUUUCGCUUCCAACAUUGCCACCAGCGCUAUGCUGAACGGAGAAAUGAUAACCGUUCUUCCGGCCGCACUUGGUAAUGGCACCAAAGCGACCGGCAGCAAUGGCACCAACGGUGGUAAAUCGAAACGUGAAUCUAAACGGACGAAUGCGAACGGAGAGCGUAAAUCGAUGGCAAACGCUGGAACGCUGGGUCAUCAAAAGGAAGGACGCGCAGGAAUCGAUGGAACUGCGCGAAAGACGAAUGGUGCUGGAACUAGAACGAUCUCUCCGACACUGACGGAUGGAAGUGCAAAAGUGGACAUCAGCGCUGACGCCACGCUGAGAUCGACGGGUCAGGAAAAGGGACGUAAGCACGAUAGAGCCACCAACGGUAAAAAGGAUAAAAACUCCCGCACUAGUGGUGAAACACUAGUCGACGCAAGCACACUGUCCGGCAAGAAAGGCAGAACGGCACAUCUGAAUGAUGUGGCGGAGGAAAUGGCCGGAACGCAGAACAACCGUACCGAUGUACCUGCAACGAUGGUAAACGAUGAAACCGAGGAAGAGCGAGGCGAAGAGUACGAUGAGUAUGAUUCCGACGAGUACGAUCAGGACAGUUUCGAUUCUUCGGAAACGACUGGACACCAGGACGGGCAGGAAGAUGCUGGAGCAAACCGAGAAGAGGAGCUUCCAUUCGUAUAUAACGUGAAGAAAAACACAAACGGAACGAAUGAUACACAUAUCGAAAAAAUUAACCCACCACGAGCAGCAGGGGCGACGUAUCGCAAGGGAGGAGGUGGUCGCAACGCUGGAACACGCGGGCCCGGCAAGCAGCUAGACAAAAUGGUCAGUAAUCCACCAGCCGGGAAGCGUUCGGUACGGGCACGCAAAAAUCAUAAGUAUGCGUUUCUGGAGAAAUUGUUCCGCAAGUGGCUGGAGUACAUGGUGCUGGCAUUGCACUGGCUGUGGUCGCUGGUGAGCGAUGUUGUGUACCUAAGCGUACGACUUGCCUGGGACUAUAUGCUGUCCGGAUAUCAGUACUGUUUGCAGCAUGUGCGCACUAUACGGCAAGAUUUUGGUAAAAAUUCCGGCCGACCUGGGGCUUGGUUCCGGCGCGUUUGUCAAUCGUUUGAUGAUCGCUUUGCGAAGGAUUCACGGUGGGCGUUUUGGCGACGAUGCCGCAGACAGAAACCCGUUGAACCGACCGGCACCAAACCGACACCGUACCGCGAUGGACGUCUUCCAUCAACCGCAGACGAAGCGAUGUCCUCGCUGCUGAACUGCAAGGGUAAGGACGCGUACAGUAUUUUGGGCGUAAGUCCGGACUGUUCCCAGGAGCAGAUACGGAAGCACUACAAAAAGAUUGCCGUGCUGGUACACCCGGACAAGAACAAACAACCGGGCGCGGAGGAAGCGUUCAAGGUGCUGCAACGCUCGUUUGAACUGAUCGGUGAACCGGAAAGCCGCAAGGAAUACGACCAGAGCUUGGCCGAGGCGCUGAACGCCGAGAAGGCAUGGUCCGAGAUUAACGAUCUACUGACGCAACUGCACACGAAAAUAUCGGAAGCUGCCAACACAAUACGAUGUAGCAGCUGCUGUCUGCGCCAUCCUCGAAAACCAACCGGACGGGCACAUUACGCAGCGAGAGAGUGCAGCUCAUGCAAGAUCCGUCAUCCGGCACGCGAGGGCGAUAUUUGGGCUGAGACAAGUUUCUUCGGACUGCGGUGGAAAUAUCUUGCAAUGAUGGAGGGCAACGUGUACGACAUUACGGAAUGGGCCAACUGCCAGAAGGGUGCCCUGUCGCACCUGCAGCCCAAUUCGCAUAUCGUGCAAUAUCGCAUCGUGCUCGGUAGUAGCUCCCAGCAGCAGCAGCAACAGCAGCAGCAACAACAGCAACCGCAACAUCAGCAAGGCCAGUCGCUAGACAAGGACCCGCUCGGACGCUCACGCAAGGAACCGGCUGCAAAUGAGCCAAAUUUGGACGAUUUUCUAAACAACAUCUAUGCCGGGCAGAACCAACAAGCUUCGUCACAGAACAGCUCCUCUAGGCGACGCUAUCGUAGAAACUAAACCCACAUCCCACAUGCUGAACAGUUUCAAUUGCGAACUAGCAAUUGUGUUUGCUUUUCUUUCCUCGCGACAUACUCAAUCUCCACUAAAGUGAAUCAUUUCUCCUUCCUGUUUUACUGCCUUCAGAAAGGCAACAGUCAGUCUUCGAUGACACAUCCUGUGGUGUGCAUUGGACAUUUAAAUAGCAGAACAAGUGCUCUAACAAUCUCUUCAUACAAUCACUCUCCCUGGGAUCGAAUCAAACGUUUGUCUCAAAUGAUCAUCCGUAGGGGGAUACCUUUAUGCCGUUAGCAAAACAAUUCUGGAUUAGACAGGCUUUGGCAGAUAUACUUGAGAGCAAAUCAUUUUGGACAUACACCGUGUUUCAGUACAAAGCCCGAUCGAAGGCAUUAACGUCCAUGCGAUUGAUGGUGGAUUGAUGUUCCGAUGGAUGAGCCGGUAGUGAUCGAGCAGAAUGUGGAAACUUAAACUUAAAUUCAAAUAGUGUGUUUUUUGAGCAAAUUAAAUGAGUAUCGAUGUCUAUCAAACCGAUUCGAUUACCGUUCGCUAGCGGAAUGAACAAAAUUAACUAAAUAUUAAUCCAUGGCACGAAAGUGUAGGAAACUGAAAUUAUAAAUGAUUGUUAUAUGCCACGCUGUGCAUAUAAGCGUAUCAAUAUGUAACCACUUGAAUAAAUUUACCAAUCCAAUCGUAAUAUGCCGAUACAGUAGCAGCUGAACAGCAUAAGAUUGAAUAAAUAAAUGUGUUCUGGAACGCAAA